GUAAUGCACUGGGACACAGCAGCAGCAGCCAGACACUCACUGUAUGAUACACACACAUUGCCAGCAGCAGCAGGUAGCAGCUUCGUACACAGCUCUCCAUUUGCUGCUGCAGCAGACUUUGUUGUGGAUUGAUCACAUGUAGAGACCCCCAGCUAUACAGCCGCAGUGUACACACAGUAGCCACACACAGAACUGGCUGCACACCCUCAGACACAGCAUGAUGAACGGAUUCCCUCCCGAGGAGUUACACCGGGACAGUGGCGGAGAGGUCACCUCCCCUACAGCUGCCACAGCAGCAGCAGCCAUCUCGGUCCCUGCCGUCGCCCUGGGUCCCCUAAACGGCCAGCUGUGCUGCCUGCGGGACGAGGGGGAGAGGUGCCCCCGGCCUGCGGGCAAUGCCAGCUUCAGCAAAAGGAUCCAGAAGAGCAUUUCCCAGAAGAAGGUGAAGAUAGACCUGGACAAAACAGCGAGACAUCUUUAUAUUUGCGAUUUCCACAAGAACUUAAUUCAGAGUGUAAGAAACAGACGAAAAAGGAAGGGUAGUGAUGAUGAUGAAGGUGACUCUCCGGUUCAUGAUGCAGAUACCCCAGAGGUAGACCUUUUCCAGUUACAAGUGAACACACUAAGAAGAUAUAAGCGGCAUUUCAAACUCCAAGCAAGGCCUGGUCUGAAUAAAGCGCAGCUUGUUGAAAUAAUUGGCGGUCAUUUCCGGACACUUCCAGUGAAUGAAAAGGACACACUCACAUGUUUCAUCUGCUCAGUGAAGAACGAGAAAAAUAAAUCAGAUCACAAGACAGAUGGAAUUCUUCAUUAGAGCAAAUCCAUCUAUGUUUUGUGGACAUUUACAUCUGCUGGAGGUCUCCACAAGCUUUGGAAAGAAUGGACGCUUCUUAAUAAAAAUAACUGUUAUUUUAGUGAUUUCAGUGGAAAUGGUAAUUACUGUAACAUCGGAGGUUUAACUUUGUUUCCUAAACCUAAUUUAGAGGGAUAUUUUUUUUGUGCAUGACAUUGACUACUAUAACCUGACAAGAAUGUUCUCAUCAGACCUAAGUCAAGCUAUAAUUCAGUAUUCUUAUAGCUGUACAACUAAUAACAAAUAUGUUAUAUCUGGUAAGUAGGGAUAUUGUGGCCUAAUAAAUAUACACAUAUAUGCUGUAUACUGUCCAAGCAAUUCUGUAAGUGUUCUGUAAGGAACAGUGGGGGUGUGCACUAUAAAACAGCGGUAUACAGGGCCGUGUGAACGUUACCGUCUCACAUGACCCUAGAGGCGCACCAUCGCUGCCUCUCACGUAUGUUGCUUCUGGCUAGCGGGGUCCCUGCCAUUGCUGCAGUUGGGAUGCGGUCAAUUUACCUACAAUCAAAAUCCAGACAACCAUUGACCUAUGGUCAAAAUCACGACAAGUUCAAAAUCCCGACAUGGUCAAAAUACCUACAUUUAUAAUAUCGACAAGGUCAAAAUACUAACAUUUAAAAUACUGACAGGUCAAAAAUGUCGACAUGAGUUUUUCAUUAUUUUUUUUAUAUUGAAACCGACUUGUUCAUACUUUACCAUCCCAGUGGACCUGGAGGGGGAAUAUAAUAGUGCCUGAAGUGCUGUCGCCAUGCGAGGGGACGCGGUACACUUAUACAGUGUCCAUGUCAACCUAUGUCGACAUACACACCAAAAAACAAUGAAAAACUUGUGUUGACUUUUGACCUGUUGACAGUUUAAAUGUUGGUAUUUUGACCUUGUCAGUAUUCUAAAAUGUCUGUAUUUUGACCUUGUCUGGAUUUUGACCUUGUCUGGAUUUUGAACUUGUCUGGAUUUUGACCUUUGGUCAAUUGUUGUCAGGAUUUUGACCGUCGGGAUUUUGAUUGUAGGUAUUUCACACUGAUCCCCUGCAGUUCAACCCAGAGCACCCAUUGGACACUGCAGGCUUGCAACUUGCAGUCUGUACAGCAGCUCGGAGCAUCCUUAGGACUCUCUGGUCAGUGUUGGCAGUUCCAUGAUGUCAUGAGAUCAGAGGAUGGAGCUGGCAAAGGGCGCAUUGCUCUUUGCCAUUAUCUAUUACACAGAAUCAGUGUGUUGGCAUUGGGCACUGGGCCUGAGUCAUGUUAGUAAUUUAAAACAAAAAGCAAUUAACUUUUUGACUGGAACAAACCAUGUUGCCAUGCAAGGGGAGCAAAUACAUUUUUAUUAUUUAUAUGCAGGGUAAAUACUGUCUGCUAUUGCAUGUAGCCCACAAAUGCUAGACACCUUUAUUUUUACACUGCAAUUUAGAUUUCAGUUUGAACACAUCCCAUCCAAAUCUAAUCUCUCUGCACAUGUUACAUCUGCCCCACCUGCAGUGCAGCAUGGGUUAGCCCAGUUGUGUGCAUUUUUUCUUUACUUUCAAACAUGGAUCAGGCCCACUGCUUGGUGUAGAAAUAUAGUGAAUUAUUAUAUGUUAAACCGUACCUCCCAACUUUGUCCCGUCGGUAAGAGGGACACACGCGCGGCGAAGCCGAAAACGGGGCGUGACCUAUGGAAAGGGGACGUGGCUUAGCGGAGGACCCUCGAUCGCGAGCCACGCCCCGUUUUCGCCACUGAGGGGGCAUGCCCAGCGCUCUGUGAGCCGCUGGCAUGCCCCCUCUCCCUCUGUCUGCACUGAAUAGACGCUGUGCGCAUGCACACAGCGUCUAUUCACCGCUGCUCUGCUAAGCAGGGCAGUGAGAGACAGAGCCUCCCAACUGCCCCCCCCCCCCCCCCACCGCGGGACACUGCGGCCGGCGGGUGGGACAGCGGGACAGUCCCCAAAAAACGGGUAUGGUUAAACACAGUCACUAUGCGAAUAGACGGUGAGCAGGCAGUUGUGGAGAAUACAUGUUGUGUUCCAUUGUACAGUAGAAUGUGGCUACCCUAAUUGCACUUUUCAGAUGCAAAGACUUCAGAUCAGUUUAUUUAAAAUUCAUUUCUGUAUACAUGUACAAUCAUUUUAUCUCUAAAACAAUAUGGUUGGGGAAAAUAUCUUUACUUUCACAUACCCAGCAUGACAUGUUCAGGUGACACUGAGAAACAUACUGUAUAAGGUUUAUGUUGUUGCUAUUGAAGCUGUAUUUUCACAUGUAGCGCAUAUCGUGUUAUUAAUGAUAUCCCAUGACGCAUUCCAACAACUCCAGCUUGACUGAAUAAAUAUGCUUUCAAUAGUUUAGAAUGACAUUUGUAUAUCAUGUAUUGAUGCUAUAGAUUGCACACAUCCCUCAUAUGAUGGCCUUUAGCAGUUGCACUUUCCUUUUCUGGGGAUUUUUGUCUCUUCAUACAUUGUUGGCAUGUACUGGUGAAUGUUUAGUGACCUGAAUCUCUGGAUCACCCUGAAUGUAUAAUAUUGUGAUGGUUUUAAUAAAAAAAAUAAAAAAUAAAA